AUGGACGCAGAUAAGGAUGCAGCGCAGGCAUCGCCUAUGAAAUGCCAGUCAUCAGAUUCUAUUGAUUCUGGAAAUACGUUUGAGCAUUGGUCGAAGUAUCUACGUUGUGAUGUCUGUCUUGACUAUUUCCAAGAACCAGUCACACUGACAUGUGGCCAUACGUUCUGUCGUAUAUGUAUAAAGAAGCUGUCACCUCUACCAACCUACGCGCCGUACACGCCUCUCGGUCCCCCAUGGGCCGCGCAGGAGGAAUGGACAAACGCUGGAGAGUUCGGCGAAGCAGCCGAGAGAUGGCGCUCCACGGCGGACCAAAGCGACCCGUUACCGCAGCGCCAACGGUCGAACACGGGCACGCAGUCGGGGCAGUCACAGAGUGAAGAUGGCGCGGUCUAUCAGAAUUCCUUGAAUGAUAUUCGCCUCGUGGCGCGUCAAGCUGCUGCGUCUCCUCGUCAGAACGCAACAGUUCUGACAAGGACGCACAUCGUGAACAUGGAGACGGAUGAGUUGAUGUCGGUGACGCCGCAUCAUCUACGAAACGCAUGGCCAAGCGAGCCGUCGCCGCCUGCUGCUGCUAGUGACGCACCGUCACGCCCCACGCUGCCGAUGGUGGGUCCCAGGCUUCGGCCUCCAAGGCGCAGUCAGGCGAGUGGAAGUCAGUCCCUUGCUAACGGUCCAAUUCCUCAUCCGGAUCACUCACAGAUGAUAGGAAGCGAUCAACCCCGGCCGGUGCGCGAUGGGAGCUCUAACGAAGCCGAACCCCCCGCCGAUAGCUUCUCUCGUCCUAUAGAAGUGCGAAUUACUAACAGGAACUUGCCUUCUACGGCAGCUGGCGCAAACACAGACAUAGAAUAUGAAAUCACGGACGUCACGAGGGAAGGAAGUGCUAGCGUUAGUAGUAUUUCAAGUAGUCUUUCAUCGAAUGACGACAGCCAUUUGGAUCCGGAAGACUGGCAAUCAGUCGAGAGCGAAAAUCAUAGUGAAAACCAACAGCGCAUUUCGCAGCAGCCAGAUGGCCGUAUCGGAUCUACAGAGGCGGCAAACGAUAGCCAUUCGUCGUCAAUGCCGCCGAUGGCCGAUGAUGACACGCCACGUGACGUCGUUGAGACGACUCCGCUCCUGUCGCGUCAACGAGAGGAGAGCAGGAGCUACGUGGAGUCAAUCGAGCAGCUAGGUAGCACGAGACGCCGCAUUCUCGCAAGCUCGGUGGCGAGCACGGAUUUCAUGCCGGAUGUCGUUCCACCGGAAUUCGAGGCCGAAGUGAACGAACAGAUUUACAACCUGAUCGAAGGCGACGCGAGAGUAGGCGCAGAUCAGUCCACGAUCACCGACUCAGAGUUCGAUACAUCAGCGUCUCGGCAUGGCACGCAGGCUGCAGAAUUGACAGACGAAAGAGGGACCAUCAACGAGGAAACAACGAGUGCCGGAAUGACGGCAACGACGACGACGACAGCGAGAACUAACUACCGAGGCGCAGCUGCCACGUUGAAUCUCGGUGUGGAUACCGACGUCGGUGUUAAUAGGACCAGCUCUCCUACUUCGUUGCUACUUGCUGUAACGAACGCAGCAGCAACUUUUGUCAAUAACACGAGAAUGACAGCCGAGAGUGCAGCCGCGAACCAGCAACACGGACACGCCCUCACCUCGGCCGAUCGAAUGCGCAGUGACACACAGAAUCGACACGACGAGACUAACGCGUCGACAGGUGGCGCUGGUAACGAAAUCAGCCGCGUCGCCAGCAGCUCCCUCUCGCGGCGCAGCGACGUGGAGACAGACGAAGAAUUGUCUAUCACGGACGCCGACAUCGCCCAGACCGUUGAAGUGAGCAGUGACUCCGCCAGAGGCAGCACCAUCGCUAGUGAUGACGCCCCCGUCGCGUCACCAAACGUGUCGAACAAUAACCGUCACGUGAUCGCCGGGCCGCUGACAGCCGAAGAGAUAAACGACCUUCGCAUUCGCGCGCAGGCCGCCCUCAACGAAAUCGCGAUGCGCCAGAUCCGCAGUAACGCAGAUGACCGUCGCACGUCGCAGUUGCCAGACGCGCUGGAGGGCUCGUGGCGACCGGGCGCUCCGCCGCCGACGCCACUAUCCACCGGCGCGGUGAACAUUCGCUGUCCAAGUUGCAGAGUCAGCGUGAGAGUCAACGCGGCCGCGGCAAUGAAAAACGUGUCGCUGGCGAACUGCGUGGAGGGAUAUAAAGCCAGCCGAGAGCGACAUCUGACGUGCCGCUACAAUUCCAUGAGGAUUGCAGAAAAUAGAGAGAUUCACAACGAGCAAAUUAUUCGCAGUGACGUAGCGACUGUAACGCAGUCUCGACCUCUGAUUGGGCGAGACGCGGCGGGUGCGCAGACGAACGUCAACGACGUCGAAGUCAGAAUGUCCACAGUCUCAACGACCCACGAAAAUAUACCAAAUCACGAUCGGAGUGGUAAUGGCGGAAAUGCUCACUCGGAGAACGUACCAACCUCUGCCCGAUCUCGAGACUUCGCCAACUCAUCGAGCGACAGCCAUUUGUUUGAUCAUAGCUAUGCGCAACCAGAUCUCAACGGAUCCGAACAGGCGUUGGAGUUGAUGGAUAUGGGCGAGAUGCACGAAUGA